AGACGGUUUUGACCUCCUCGUCUCCCGCAGAUUCUUUCUCCAUCUUCAGCUCCUUCCUCUUCUCCUCCUCAUCCGAUUCUCCCAUACCCACCAUGAACGAGAAAGCCAACGUCUCUAAGGAGCUUAAUGCCCGCCAUAGAAAGAUUCUGGAAGGGCUUCUUAAGCAUCCAGAGAACAGAGAAUGUGCUGACUGCAAAACAAAAGGUCCAAGGUGGGCUAGUGUUAACUUAGGUAUCUUUAUCUGCAUGCAAUGUUCUGGGAUUCACAGGAGUCUCGGGGUACACAUAUCAAAGGUUCGUUCUGCCACUCUGGACACAUGGCUCCCCGAGCAGGUUGCAUUUAUCCAUUCAAUGGGAAACGAGAGAGCAAAUAGUUACUGGGAAGCUGAGCUACCCCCUAACUAUGAUAGAGUGGGAAUUGAGAAUUUCAUACGUGCAAAGUAUGUCCCUCUCUCUUUUCAGUUUACAAACUCCUCAGCUAGAUCACCCCCAAGAGUGGAGCAGGAACGGCGGAGAUCUGUGGAGAGGGCUGUGCCUGGAUAUGAGCAUGGCCACAGUAGUAGUCCUGUAAAUUUGUUCGAGGAGAAGAAAACUGUCCAAGCACCUAGAACAAGAAGUAGCAUCCCUGCAACGAGGAUAAGUCUUCCAGUGCCUCCCCGGGGACCUGAGCAGGUUAUAAAGCCACAGCAAAAAAUAGAAGCUGUAGCCGCUCCUGUGGAGCCAACGAAACCAGCAGUAAAUGUUGCACCGGCAUCAGAUCCUCCAAAGGUGGAUUUUGCUACUGACCUCUUCAACAUGCUAUCGGUGGAUGAGCCGAGUGCAAAUACCUCAGAGGCAGCUCCUGCUGAUGAUAACUUAUGGGAUGGCUUUCAGUCGGCUGGAAAUGGUCAAACGGCAGAGAAAAUUGUCACAGCAAAGCUGGAGGAGAAAAAGCCUGAUGAGAGCAGUUCUCCACCAGCUACCGGGAUCGAGGAUUUAUUUAGAGACACACCUAACUUUACAGCCCAACAAGCACCACAGAAAGAUGUGAAAGGCGAUAUCAUGAGCCUAUUUGAGAAGUCGAAUAUGGUGUCGCCUUUUGCCAUGCAGCAGCAACAGUUUGCUAUGCUUGCUCAGCAGCAAGCCCUUUACAUGGCUGCAGCAAAAGCUGCAGGAGGUACUCCAAACGGCGUGAAUCAACAAGCUGUUGCUAAUGCUCUUAACAUAGCAUCCGCAAAUUGGUCAAACAAUGGCUACCAGAUCCCUGGAAUGACUAAACCAGGAGGUGGUCAACCUGAUCUCCAGAAACUUAUGCAAAACAUGAACGCAAACAUGAACAUGAGACCUGUACAACCGCAAGAGAACACUCCUCAAUAUCCAAUAUCCAAUUUCUACACGACGGGCCAAGCUAACAAUGCAGCCAACGGUAUGACCUCAUACUCCACCGGUAAACCUCAGUCAUCAACCGCAGCACAACAACCAACGGGCACCACACCAUCUUCUCAGUCAGGCAAAGAGUUUGAUUUUUCUUCCUUGAUGGAUGGAAUGUUCACAAAACAUUGAUCAACAGAGGGACCUUUUCUGAAUUUUGCUUAUCUUAAAAUUUGUCAUAUAUGUGAAGAACUAAAAUAAAUAUAUACAAUCAUCUGCGAUCAGCUUUUUCAUCAAACAAUUUUAUUCUUUGUAAUCUUUUGUUAUAGUUUGGGCUCUGAUUUAAAAAUAAACUGUUAUUAUAGGUUCA